CUGGACGCGUGGGCAGUUGUCACACCUGAAACCCCGUCCAGCACUGAGAUUUCCACAUGUCACAUCCUUCUCGUCACCAUAUGUCACUUCCUCCAAAAUCGUUGCCCUUCUGUGUCUUCCGCUUCCCCACCGCAACCUCAACCUCCCCUACUCCCUAUAAAGAUCCUCCUUCUUUUUCGGUUUUUUUUUCUCUUUUUCUCCAUAAUCUAUGCUUAAAACUCUGCUUCUCUUUUCUUCUUCUUCUCCUCCUCCUGCUUUCUUUUCGCGCCAUAAUAGAUUCUCUUCAUUACCAAGAAAAUUCCCAUAUACCUACGCUCACUGUCCUUCACUUUCUUGGCCUUUCUCGAGCGUUUUCCCUCGACCCAUUCACGCCUUCAAGGUCCUUGCCAUGGCUGAAGGGACCACGACUUCAAGUUCACACUCACAUAACUACACUAAUCGUCUCGCAGCUGAGCAUAGUCCUUAUCUUCUUCAACAUGCUCAUAACCCUGUUGAUUGGUAUCCUUGGAGCGAAGAAGCCUUCGCAGAAGCAAGAAAAAAAGACGUGCCAAUUUUCUUAUCAAUUGGAUACAGUACUUGCCACUGGUGUCAUGUUAUGGAGGUGGAGUCUUUUGAAAAUGAAGAGGUAGCAAAGUUGUUGAACGAUUGGUUUGUGAGUAUUAAGGUGGAUCGAGAAGAAAGGCCAGAUGUUGACAAGGUCUACAUGACAUAUGUGCAGGCCCUGUAUGCUGGUGGAGGUUGGCCACUGUCCGUCUUCCUUUCACCUGAUUUAAAACCCUUAAUGGGUGGAACUUACUUUCCUCCUGAGGAUAAGUAUGGAAGACCUGGAUUUAAGACCAUUUUAAGAAAGGUGAAGGAUGCUUGGGAUAAUAAAAGAGACAUGCUUGUUAAGAGUGGAGCCUUUGCUAUUGAACAGCUGUCAGAAGCAUUGUCAACUAGCGCAGGUUCAAAUCAAUUGCCAGAUGGGCUCCCUCAAAACGCACUACGCUUAUGUGCCGAGCAGCUGUCUAGAAGCUAUGAUUCAAGGCUUGGAGGGUUUGGAUCUGCUCCUAAGUUUCCUAGACCAGUUGAGAUUCAAUUGAUGCUCUAUCAUUCCAAAAAAUUAGAGGAAAGUGGAAAACCAGGAGGUGCAAAGGAAAGUCAGAAAAUGGUUUUCUUUAGCUUGGAAUGUAUGGCAAGAGGGGGUAUUCACGACCACGUUGGAGGCGGUUUUCACAGAUAUAGUGUGGAUGAAUUCUGGCAUGUUCCUCAUUUUGAGAAAAUGCUGUAUGACCAAGGGCAACUUGUCAAUGUUUACUUGGAUGCUUUUUCCAUCACUAAAGAUGUAUUCUAUUCAUUUGUCUCCCGUGAUAUCCUUGAUUAUUUGAGGAGGGAUAUGAUUGGGUCAGAAGGUGAAAUUUUUUCAGCAGAGGAUGCUGAUAGUGCUGAAUUUGAAGGUGAAACCCAGAAAAAGGAGGGAGCCUUCUACAUAUGGACAAGCAAAGAGAUUGAUGACAUUCUUGGAAAGCAUGCUAGUCUUUUUAGGGAACACUACUACGUAAAGCCCUCGGGAAACUGUGAUCUUUCUAGAAUGAGUGACCCACACAAUGAAUUCAAAGGGAAGAAUGUGCUCAUUGAAAGGAAUGAUUCUUCAGCACUGGCAUCAAAACUUGAUAUGCCAAUCCAGGAGUAUCUUGAUAUUCUAGGUGAAAGCAGAAAGAAGCUUUUUGAUGUAAGGUCAAAACGACCCAGGCCACAUUUGGAUGAUAAGGUGAUUGUAUCAUGGAAUGGACUUGCAAUUUCAGCUUUUGCAAGAGGAUCUAAAAUCCUCAAAGGUGAAUCACAGGGCAUGUGUGUCAACUUUCCUGUAGUUGGCUGUGAUCCUAUGGAGUACUUGGAAGUUGCAGAGAAGGCAGCAAAUUUUAUUAGAAGACAUCUGUACAAUGAGCAAACACACAGGCUUCAGCAUAGCUUUAGGAAUGGCCCAUCCAAGGCACCUGGGUUUUUAGAUGAUUAUGCUUUCUUAAUUUCAGGGUUGCUGGAUCUUUAUGAGUGUGGUGGUAGUACUGAUUGGCUAGUUUGGGCAACUGAACUGCAGGAUAUGCAGGCCAGUGUUAUAGAUGGUCCAAUUUCCAUAGAUUCUUCUACUAUUUUCCUCCCCAAUAUUCUUCUAGCUUACUUUUCACUUUUUGUGGUCCAGGAUGAAUUAUUCCUUGAUAGAGAAGGUGGAGCCUAUUUUAACACACCAGGAGAAGACCCUUCAGUUCUUCUCCGUGUAAAGGAAGAUCAUGAUGGAGCAGAACCAUCAGGAAACUCAGUCUCUGCAAUCAAUCUCGUGAGAUUGGCCUCCAUGGUUUCUGGCAGUAAAUCUGAUCGUUACAGGGAGAACGCAGGGCAUCUUCUGGCUGUUUUUGAGACAAGAUUGAAGGAUAUGGCAAUGGCAGUGCCGCUGAUGUGUUGUGCAGCCGAUAUGCUGUGUGUUCCUUCCAGGAAGCAAGUUGUAUUGGUUGGCCAUAAGUCUUCAGUAGAGUUUGAAAACAUGCUUGCUGCUGCUCAUGCCUCAUAUGAUCCCAACAAAACAGUAAUUCCCAUAGAUCCAACCAACACAGGAGAGAUGGAAUUUUGGGAAGCGAAUAAUAGCAAGGUUGCCCUCAUGGCAAGACAAAAUUUUGCCGCUGACAAGGUGGUUGCUCUUGUAUGCCAAAAUUUCACCUGCAGCCCCCCAGCAAGCAGCUCUAAAUCCCUAGAAGAUCUGCUCUCGAAGAAGACCACCUCGGUUGUAUGAGUCAAUCAGAAGCUUCUCUGAAAGCUUCUGUCUUAAUACUGUGAUCAAAACUUGCAACAUACAGAAUGGCAGGUUCACUUGUAGUACACCGUCUCGAGUGAAUGAAUAAUUGUAACAGAAGAAAGGGUUUCAUAGAAUACUUUUUUCAUAGUAAUAUUGCAUUCUGUUUUCUGCUUC